AUGCACCGAAUAAACAAAUCAUAAACGUUUGUUUCACCCCCGAAUCCACAUGGUGCAUGCGGAUUUCCGAUUGGGCCUAUGCCUAUCUCCGCUCCAUCACUCGGUGGUUCGUUCGUCGCACGCCUUGUCGAACAGUCGAACUCAAUCGAAAUGCUGAGCUCCACUAAACUCCUCCCCAGAACCAUCACCAACCUCCAAACCCUUCGCCACCUCAAUUCCCUGACUCCCUCCUCCAGCACCACCAACAAGGACGCCUACUUUGCUUUGAUACACCACAUAACCAACAUAGUCCGCCGCGACAUCUACCCUGAACGCACUCUCAACAGACUCAACCUUCCCGUCAACUCGGAUCUCGUCUUCCGCGUUCUACGCGCCUGCUCUCACUCUCCUUCUGAAUCCUUCCGUUUCUUCACAUGGGCCCGCGCCCAUUAUUCCCCUACCUCCGUCGAAUACGAAGAACUCGUCAAAACCCUUGCUCGCGCAAAGCGAUAUGCUUCCAUGUGGAAACUCAUUACCCAAAUGAAGGUCGAAAACCCCAAAUUCAGCAUUUCCAGUGAUACGGUUUGUUCUAUUAUCCAAGAGUAUGGGAAACAUGGACUCAUCGAUCAGGCCGUUGAGGUUUUUAACAAGUGCAAUAGUUUAAAUUGUUCACAAUGCGUUGAUGUUUACAAUGCUUUGCUUUAUGCUCUUUGUGAAGUGAAAAUGUUCCAUGGAGCUUAUGCUUUGAUUAGGAGGAUGAUUAGGAAGGGUUUGGUUCCUGAUAAGUGGACUUAUGCUGUUCUUGUUAAUGGGUGGUGCUCCAGUGGGAAGUUGAGGGAGGCACGGGUGUUUUUAGACGAAAUGAGUAAGAUGGGGUUUAAUCCUCCUGUGAGAGGGAGAGAUAUGUUGAUUGAAGGGUUGUUGAAUGCUGGAUAUUUGGAGUCUGCCAAGCAAAUGGUUACGAAGAUGACUAAAGUGGGCUUUGUGCCGGAUGUUAAUACGUUUAAUUCUUUGAUAGAAGCUAUUUGUAAAGCAGGGGAGGUUGAUUUUUGUGUUGAUAUUUAUCAUGGUGUUUGCAAGUUGGGCCUUUGUCCUGAUAUAAACACUUAUAAGAUUUUGAUUCCUGCUGUUUCAAAGGUGGGCAGGAUUGAUGAGGCUUUUCGGUUAUUGCACAAUCUUAUUGAGGAUGGCCAUAGGCCAUUUCCUAGUUUGUAUGCACCGAUAAUCAAGGGGAUGUUCAGGAGAGGGCAAUUUGAUGAUGCCUUUUGUUUCUUUAGUGAAAUGAAGGUGAAAGGACACCCUCCAAAUAGGCCGGUAUAUACAAUGUUGAUAACUAUGUGUGGACGUGGAGGGAGAUAUGUGGAAGCAGCCAAUUAUUUGGUUGAGAUGACUGAGAUGGGUUUGACGCCAAUUUCAAGGUGCUUCGAUAUGGUUACUGAUGGGUUGAAGAAUUGUGGGAAGCAUGAUCUGGCUAAGAGGAUAGAACAGCUGGAAGUGUCUCUUUGCAGUGUCUGAUUGUGGCGAUUGAUGACAACAAUUUAUGCAUUGAGGAUGGAUUUUGGUAGAAAUGUACAACAUUGAGCUCAUGGAUGAUAGAAGUUCUGCUGAAUAUGAAAGCUGCCUGACUUCGAACAGUUCCUACAGUUAUUGGUUAUCAGUGGUUGCUCAGCCUUCAGAGCCUAUCCAGUGCAUUCUUUUCAUAGCAGGAGAAGAUAGAGUAAAUUGCUGGCAGAUUAUUUCGUGGGAUCUCUCUGAAUGAUGUGUGUCAAAAUUGUUCUCACUCGUUUGUUACAAUUGCUCUCUUUUCUGCAGCAGUUGAGAAAAUUGGGGAUUUGAUCUGAACUGGAGAAAAGAGAGCAACAGGAGGAGUUUUACACGUUGGCACAGAAGCGGGCAUCGAGCAGGAGUUAGAGAUCCUUUUGUAAAGUCUAGAUGAAGUGAUGGAUUCUGUAGAUGUAUAAUCCAGACUCAUGUUUAUACAGUGAUCUGUUUUGGAGAGGAGUGUGUUGAAGGUUAAGCAUAAAUAAUAAUUUAGAACAAAGAUGAGAAGAUGGUAAAGGAAACCACUUUCCUCAGCAGAAUAUGUGAUGUGUUGUUGGUCUUCACAUCAGUUUGUACAUUCUUGAACCUUUUCUCUUUCCCUUUCAAAUCGUUAUUUACAUGUGCUCAUCUUCGUUUCCUAAA